AUGCCCGCCCGCGCGGCCGAGCUCGGUUCCCUACGGGAAUCCGGCGCAGCGUCCGGCGCCGCUCCUUCCAAGGCACGCGACCGCGUGGCGGCCUUUCAGGAGCUAGCUAAGGCGAAGCGCGGCCUGCCCCGGCAUCUGGUGGCGGAGAUAGAGCGGCGCAAGGUCACGAGCGUCGAAGAGGCCGCUCAUGUGGCGCAUGUGCUGCGCACCAAACGAACGAAGUCACACAAAAUCGCAACUCCACGGAAGCCGCUGAGGAAGAGCAAGGCUCCUAAGUCGCCCAAACCGGCGGAGCUGACACGGCCUAGCGGCAAGGCUGCUCGCAAAGUCAUUUCACGCAUGACCAAGGCGCUGAACACAGGCGUCGUAAAAUUGUAG